AUGCCCAAAUCCUACAAACUCUUGCCCGAAUUGGGUCGUCAGCAAAUACCAUGUCUCCUGUCACCACACCCCAGUGGACCGAGGAGCCUGAGUCUCUGGGGUGCAGACCUAACGGCUGUAACAAUGGUGAAGAAGAGCCCGAGUCGUCUGGCCGGCAGGGUGGGCGGGGCAGAGUUAGUUCGUAGGCGGGCCGGUCUUUUUCGACGAAGGACCGGCUUGACAGCUCGAGACAGCAGCAGUCUAACAUGGCAACUGAUCGCAACCAACCAAUAG